AUGGAGGAAAACCACGGCACCGCUCGGCAGCGGCGCCCCAAGGCCACCGCCGAGGCCGACGCCUCCCUCGAGCUGCUGGGCAUCAAGUCCGACCUUGACCGCAACUCCUUCUCCAACCUCUCGAUGCUGGGGAUGGCCUUUGCCAUUGUCAACACGUGGUGCGCCAUCGGCACGACGGUCAACGCCUCCCUGCCGUCGGGCGGGCCGAGCAGCGCCGUUUGGGGCAUCGUCAUCGCCGGCGGCUUCAACCUGUGCUGCGGCCUCUCGCUCGCCGAGUUCCUCUCGGCCUAUCCCACCGCCGGCGGCCAGUACCACUGGGCGGCCGUGGCGAGCUGGAAGUCGACCCGGCGCGCCGUCAGCUACAUCACCGGCUGGAUCAACCUCGCCGCGUGGGUGUGCCUGGCCGGCGCCAACUGCCUGCUCGUGAGCGGCAUCAUCAUGAGCUACGCCGAGCUCAUGUACCCGGGCUUUCAGCAGACGCCGUGGCAGCGAUUCCUCCUGUACAUUGCCGUCGACGCCAUUGCCCUGAGCUACAACCUGCUCGCCAACCGCUUCCUGAGCCACCUGAACAAGUACAACAUGUUCUUCACCCUUGCCGGCUUCGUCAUCAGCCUCGUGGCCAUCCUGGCCUGUGCGGCGCCCAACUUUCAGAGCGCCAAGUUUGUCUUUGGCGGAUUCAUCAACGAGUCCGGCUGGCCCGACGGCUGGGCCUGGCAGCUCGGUCUGCUGCAGGGGCAAGUACACCUUGAUCCGUCGCCUGCUGCAACUCACUAG